CAAGAAAUAUCAGAGCCAGCGGUGGUAGACUGGUAGCCGAGGAGGUGCUCCGCCGGGCGGUCAAGCCAGGGAAGGAAGGUCUUGUUCACAGGGAGCGGUGAGCACGCUUACAUUUGGCUACCUUCUCUGAUAACUCACGAAAAGGAAUGGCCAGGAACAGCUACAGAAACUUCUUACGUUUGUUAGAAAAGUGGCCAUUGGACGAGAGCAAGAAAGGGGGAAGGGACUUGGGAGAACACCUGCGCAUCAGAGUGUCAGAAGCAUUUAGACUUGGUGAUGCUACUCCCACAGAUGAAGUAGAAUGCCAAAGGGUCUGUGCUUCUUUAAAUCGCCUAGCAAACAAUACUUAUGCAACAAGAUAUCCUCGUAAAUUAACCAGUACAUCAACAGGGGUCACAAUACAGGAGUGUCAUCAAAUUGCCUCAACAGAGUUUCUAAAAGCAAUGGAAGAUAGUGAAAAAGGAUUAUUGUCGGGCAUGUUCAAGCAGGGAUAAUUGUGGUCUCAGUAAAUUUUACUUUGUAUAGUAAUUUUUUGGUCCACAUAAUGGCAUCUGUAUUAACGAAGAACAGAUUGUGGUUGAUGAAAUGUCCAUCCUUACUUUGUAAUUUCUCGCAGGAGCUCCAAAAAUCAUGGUUAAAAGUUUCAUUAUCUUUGGUACAAAAAAUUAAUCCAAAAAGUACAGGUACAGCUCCUCAGUCUCCAGCCUUAAUUAGCAUGCAGCAACGCUUUGCAAGUGAGAAGAGAGAUCAUAUACCUGUUAUGGCAAAGGAAGUGAUGGAAUAUCUUGCUCCAAAAGGGAAUCAAGUUUUUCUAGACAUGACAUUUGGAGCCGGAGGCCAUUCAAGACAGAUUCUAGAGAAAUCUCCCAAGGUCAAAGUCCUGUGCCUAGAUCGAGACCCUCUUGCAUAUCACCAUGCAAAGAAAUUACAGGAGGAAUAUCCUGGCAGAGUCAUCCCUUUACUUGGAAAAUUUAG